AUUCAUUCCCCAUCAACCUCAUCGACAACACGUAUUCGUACACCCAAAAAGCAAUAAGGACGGUCGACACUCUCGUGGCCGCCGUGGCCUCCCCUCCAACCUCGCUGCAUCCCUCUUCCUCCUCCCUCCCAUCCACCCCACCUCCAUUCCAUCAUGGCUUCCAGCAGCGAUAUCCGCGACAUCAUGAAUCUAGGUCAGGCUGGCCCCCGUCAGCCUGCACCCAAGAAGAAAAAACACCAUGAGCCUCAAGUUAGAAUGACUGGCAUCAACCGCGAGAUCCAGGCUCUCAUGGGCGACUCGGUUCCUCCCAUCGCCAUUGUCGACCAUCCUCAAUACAAGUCGCGACCCUCCCUGGCCCGGUCCUUUGUUCCUCGACACUGGGAUGAGAGAAGUUUCAAGCAUGGCGGACGAAAUGAUGGCUUAGUUUUGAAGCACUGGAAACGCGCCAUUGCCGGUUCAAAUCGUCCUCCUGUUGCUGCUCCCGAUGUCGAUGUGCAAAUGACCGACGAUGAAACUUCCAAACAACUUCCAGUUCCACCUGAAUAUCAGUACGAAGACGAGUACCCUUCCCACAAGUGGAACGUUGCGGUCGCAAUUCCUUCCUACAACGACGAUCAAUACGAUUCUCUCUUGAAGUCCGACGAUUGGUCUAGACGGGAAACUGACUAUUUGAUGGACCUCUGCCGUAAUUAUGACCUUCGUUGGCUACUCAUCGCCGAUCGCUAUGAUGAAAAGGCAAUCAAUCAGCCCUCUGCCUCUUCUCAGGAAGGAGACCAGCCACCUCCCGAGAUCAUCGCGCAGCCUGUCUAUCCUCCGAGAACUAUGGAAGCAUUGAAAUCAAGAUAUUACGGCAUCGCUGCUAAACUGAUGGAAGUUCAAACCCCGGCCAGCAAUAUGACACAAGCCGAGUUCCAGUUGUGGGAGAAGAUGAGGAAUUUCGAUGUCAAGACAGAAACUCUUCGAAAGUCCAUGGCCGAGAAGCUGUUUGAGCGGACAAAGGAUGAAGCCGAUGAAGAGCGUAUUCUGCUGGAGGAGUUAUAUCGCAUCACCAAGAACGAAGACGACUUUAUCAAGGCACGAAAAGAGCUCUAUUCCAGGCUGGAACCUGUUCUCCCCAUUCGUCGCACUGAGCGUGGUGAGGAGCAAUCCACCGCCAUGUAUCAAACCUCUGCCGGUCUUUCCAUGCUUUUACAAUCCCUUCUCGCAAAGGAGAAGAGAAUGAAGCGCCCCGCCGUACCUGGAUCCGCUGAGUCUACCGCCGCCGCCGCUACCUCCACCCCAACCGAACAGAAGCAGGAGAAGAACAAACAUGCCAAUCACAGCUCACGACGAGACACAACCGAUACUCAGGCCGAAGACGCUACCCCCGUUCCUCAGAAGAAAGGUUCAACUGCAGCUGCGCCGCCUAAUAUUCGGAUCCUCACUCCUCAAGAAGAAACCCGCUUUGGUGUGUCCCGCCCUCAAGAACGUCUCACCAGUGGUGUUCAAUUCCGACAUGAAAAGAUUAAUCGCCUUACCAUGGCCAAGAGCCAAACUCAAACAACCAAGAUCCAAGCCGCCUUGACCGAGCUAGGCAUUCCUCCUAGGCUUUUGAUGCCAACAGAACGGGUCUGCCGCGAAUUUGAAAGACUGACUACGGAAAUCAAUAUCCUUCUCGAUGCAAGGAAGGUGAAUGAGAAACUAAGUAGCGAGAUCAAGGUCCUUGAGGAAGCUCGACGGAUCAGGCUGGGUCUACCAAAAGAAGGAGAACAACAAGCUGCGACCACCGCUACCACCACCGUAACCCCUGCUGCCCCCGCCGCGGCGUCAGGCCCUGAACCGAAGACCGAGCCAAUGGAAGUGGAUUCUUCCAAGGUCAAAGAGGAGCCGGCGAAGGCUACCACUGAAAAUGCCCCAACUGCUGAUUCCAAUCAAGAUGCAAAGGCCCCAAGUCGCGAACUUCGAAAGAAGACAAAAACCCCAGAGGUUGGGGAACGGCAAGCUAGUAGCACCAAGGAUCGACAGCCCACGCCCCAGGCAGAUUCAAGCAAGAUGGAAGUCGACAAUGAUGAAGAUGCUGAUGCAGCUGGCGACGCAGCUGGCGAAGAUGAUGCUGAUGCAGAUGCUUCCAGCACUCGGAAAAAGGCCGAUGCUGACAGCGACAACGACGAUGAAGAGGACGAAGAGGAACAAGAAUCCGGAGUCGCAAAUGAUUCAGACAACAACCAAGAUGAUGAUGACGAGGAUGAAGAAGAUGAGCAAGAGGAUUCACAAGCCCAGGUUGAAGAAGACGAUGACGAUGAGGAGGAUGACACGAACCAAUUAGGUGUAGAUGAGGAUGAAGAUGAAGAGGAAGAGGAGGAGGAUGAAGACGCCGAAAGUGAUCCUGUAGCCGUGGCCGAAACUCCAGACGAGGAGGACGAAGAUCAAGACGAAGAGGAUGCCGAGGCCGAAGCUGAGAAUGACGAGGACGAAGACGAAGAUGCUGAAGAGGACGAAGAAGAGGAAGAAGACGAAGAGGAGGAGGCAGAUGGUACUGCAACUCCCGCCUCUGGAAAUGUCGAACAAGAGGACGAUGAUGAAGAGGAAGAGGAAGCAGAAGAGGAUGUCGCAGAGCCACCACCCCCAACAUCGUCCACUCAUCUCAGUGCCACAUCUGGAAGAGGCCACAAACGUAGUGCCAGUGUCCUUUCCGAGGCAAGCAAGGCUGGGAGCAAUCGCAGUGGUUUAGGAAGAAAGAAACGCCGCUGAUGGAGCAUGGAUACAAAGGGGAAUGGGG